CGCCGGAACCGGUAGUCCGCGGUGGCACGGUCCGCCCCUCACCUGGCCGGCCGCGGGCGCCGAGGGGCCCAAUGGGAGCAGCGGCCUGGCCGCCCCGCCCCGCGCCUCGGGACGUCUGUGCCGGGACCAGGCCGCCGGCGGUGCCGGAUCUUUAAGCUGAGCGCCUGCAGUCCGGGGUCAACCCCCGCCGUCAACCGUCCGCGCGGGCCGGGCCUGAGGCGCCGCCGGGUCGACGAAGAGCCGCAGCCGAGGCGGAGAAGGAGGAGGAGGCAGCGCAGGAGGCCGGAGCGGCCGCCGCGCCCGGGCACAUGGCGUCCAUCUUACUGAGGAGCUGCCGCGGCCGGGCGCCCGCCCGCCUCCGGCCGUCGCCUCUAGCCACCGCCCCGCGGGGUAGUCCGGGGGAUCCUGCACGUCUCAGCUGUACCAGCACCCUGGGGUCAAGGAGCUGCCUGAGUGUUCCGUUGGGCUGCUGUGCUCCCAUCCACCCCGUGUACCCAUCCUUCAGAGGCGAUCCCCUUGGCUGUUGGACUCUGAGGCCCGAAUGCCUUCGCGCAGUGUCGAGAGCGCCAUGGACCUCCACAUCUGUGGGUUUUGUGUUUGUGGGACCUCAGUGCCUUCCUGUGCGCGGCUGGCACUCUUCGCGUCCUGUCCGCGAUGACUCGGUAGUGGAGAAGUCCCUCAAGUCCUUGAAGGACAAGAACAAGAAGCUGGAGGAAGGCGGCCCUGUGUACAGCCCCCCCGCAGAGGUGGUGGUGAAGAAGUCCCUCGGGCAGAGGGUGCUGGACGAGCUGAAGCACUACUACCAUGGCUUCCGCCUGCUGUGGAUCGACACCAAGAUCGCGGCACGCAUGCUCUGGCGCAUCCUCAACGGCCACACCCUGACCCGCCGGGAACGCAGGCAGUUUCUCCGGAUCUGCGCUGACCUCUUCCGCCUGGUGCCGUUCCUUGUGUUUGUGGUGGUGCCCUUCAUGGAGUUCCUGCUGCCUGUGGCUGUGAAGCUCUUCCCCAACAUGUUGCCCUCCACAUUUGAGACCCAGUCCAUAAAGGAGGAGAGGCUGAAGAAGGAGCUUCGGGUCAAGCUGGAGUUGGCCAAGUUCCUGCAGGACACCAUCGAGGAGAUGGCCUUGAAGAACAAGGCAGCCAAGGGCAGUGCCACCAAGGACUUCUCCGUGUUUUUCCAGAAGAUCCGGGAGACAGGGGAGAGGCCCAGCAACGAGGAGAUCAUGCGUUUUUCCAAGUUGUUUGAGGACGAGCUGACCCUGGACAACCUGACGCGGCCGCAGCUGGUGGCGCUGUGCAAGCUGCUGGAGCUGCAGUCCAUCGGCACCAACAACUUCCUGCGCUUCCAACUCACCAUGCGGCUGCGCUCCAUCAAGGCCGACGACAAGCUGAUUGCUGAGGAAGGGGUGGACAGCCUGAAUGUCAAGGAGCUGCAGGCGGCGUGUCGGGCACGAGGCAUGCGGGCCCUGGGUGUCACGGAAGACCGCCUGCGGGGCCAGCUGAAGCAGUGGCUGGACCUGCAUCUGCACCAGGAGAUCCCCACAUCUCUGCUUAUCCUGUCCCGGGCCCUGUACCUCCCGGACACCCUGUCGCCGGCCGACCAGCUCAAGUCCACACUGCAGACCCUUCCGGAGAUUGUGGCAAAGGAAGCGCAGGUGAAAGCAGCCGAAGUGGAGGGCGAGCAGGUGGACAACAAGGCCAAGCUGGAGGCCACCCUGCAGGAGGAGGCAGCCAUCCAGCAGGAGCACCUUGAGAAGGAGCUGCAGAGGCGCUCGGAGGCAGCGAAGGAUCUUGAGCUUGAAAGUGUGGAAGCCGCUCCCCGAAGGGCAGGGGCUGAGCCACAGCCAGAAGUGCCUGACACAGUCCUGCAGUCAGAGACCCUGAAGGACACGGCCCCCGUGCUGGAGGGCUUAAAGGAGGAGGAGAUAACCAAGGAGGAGAUUGACAUCCUCAGUGACGCCUGCUCUAAGCUGCAGGAGCAGAAGAAGUCGCUCACCAAGGAGAAGGAGGAGCUGGAGCUGCUGAAGGAGGACGUGCAGGACUACAGCCAGGACUUGCAAGAGAUCAAGAAGGAACUUUCAAAGACUGGUGAAGAGCAGUAUGUGGAAGAAUCUAAAGCCAGCAAGAGACUGACGAAAAGGGUACAGCAGAUGAUUGGACAGAUCGACGGCUUGAUCUCGCAGCUGGAGAUGGACCAGCAGGCCGGCAAGCUGGCCCCAGCCGAGGGCGUGCCCACAGGGGAGAACGUCAUCAGUGUCGCUGAGCUCAUCAGCGCCAUGAAGCAAGUGAAGCACAUUCCCGAAAGCAAGCUCACCAGCCUGGCCGCAGCACUGGACGAGAACAAGGACGGCAGGGUCAACAUCGAUGACCUCGUCAAGGUGAUUGAGCUUGUGGACAAAGAAGAUGUUCACGUCUCCACCAGCCAGGUGGCUGAGAUUGUAGCAACACUGGAGAAGGAGGAGAAGGUGGAGGAGAAGGAGAAGGCCAAGGAGAAGGCGGAAAAGGCGGAGAAGGAGGUCGCAGAGGUGAAGAGCUAGGCCCGCCGGCCUGGGUACCCGUCCUCCUGCUGUGCCGUCGCCCGGUGAGGGCCGUGAGAACGACUGCUUUGUGGUGAUUCUUAGUGGCUCGUCUAACACUUUGGCUGGAAUAAAUUGGAGACUUCCAUAAUCAAGUAAAUUUUAAUUUUCAUCAUUCCAUGGAGAUUCAAUCUGUCCGGAAUCCCGGAACCCCUCCGCAGAAUCAUGUCGGAUCCACACGGUGGUGUGGCCGCCACGGCCUCCUGGAUCCAGAGGCAGCGGGCAAGGCCACGCCGGGUUAGGAAGGCACCCCACUGCGUGUGCCCUCAUGUCUCAGCGUCCGACUGUGCUGCCCUGUUCCAGGGAGGAGAAUGAGGACCACGUGGACUCCGCCCACACGGAGCUGGCAGCUGCGCCCACCCUCGGUGUCAGGAGACACAGCGCAGCGUCCUCAGGGCUGGAGAUGCCUCCACUUACCAGUGGACCCUGAUUUCUAGAUUUCAGCCUCAGUGGACCUGGCUUCCCGCGCACUUUCAGUUGGAUCUGGGUCACCAUGGAGACGGAGGUGUCCGCCGUCUCCGUGGCCUGUGGAGAGUGAGGUCUUCCUGCUGGGCAUGCCAGUUCUCGUGUGGGCUUUCCCUUGUGUAUCAGAGCUCUUUCUUGACUUUAUUUUCCCCUAAUUCAUUAAGCAGUCUGUUGGCAGUUUUCCCACGCUGGGCUGCCUUCCUCCCUCAAGGGCAUUUCUGACCCAAGCCAGCAACUCCGUCACAGCCCUGGCCUUGGGGCUCCCUUGGGUGGUGCUUGGGCUGCGUUCCGUGUGGGCUGCAGUGGAUUCACUGUUUCAGGGAUGAGCCUGGCUCAGGGUUGGUGGGGCUCUGGAGCACAUACGGGGUUCUUUGUAGCUUCUAAUCUGAGGUUUACGUCCGGUGCGCCUGCGGCCGUGCACCCUUCUCACCUUCCACGGUGCUACAGGCUCAGGCCCUUGGGCUCCUUUAACAAGCAGGCUGGUCACCAAGGCAUGACGAUGCGACACAGGGCAUCCCUGGGGGCUUCGAGGGCGACACCUCCAGUGCUAGGGCUUGCUCUGUGCCAUCUGGGUGCAGCUGGUGGCCUCACUGCACUUGGCAGCACGGUCAGGCUGGCCAGGGCAUGGGCACGCAGUGUCCUGCGGCCACCUCCACCCUCCUGCCCAGCCGCUGUGUCACACUCAUCUUUUUAAGGUCAGGUUGGUUCCUGGCAAAAAUGUCCCUCCUGGGGGCCUCCAAGCAUAGGAUUUGGAAGACAGAGGAAUAGCACGGGCAGCCGGGAGAGCAGCUGCGCUCAGACCAGGCCUUCUCCAUUACUUGAAGCUUCUCUUUGUUCAGCCAUUGAAGAAACUUGACAAAAUAGGAACAGGAGAUAUUUCUCAAUUGUAAACCUUUGCACAGGGACAGUUGGCUUCUAAAGGCUUUCAGAUUUCAAUUAUUUGAGAAGUUUGUUUUAGAUCCUUAAUGAAUAUUUAUGAAUUCUCUCACCAUGUGUAAGUAGCCUGGUGUUCGUGCGUCUAAGUGUACUUGAGAGCAAGCCUUGUAGUUCCUGGGUGUGUGCAGACGCCUCCCUGUGAGCUGCAUCCCGGCGUCCAGCUGCCCCGGCUCAUCCUCGUCCUCACUGCCUUGGCUGGGCGCUGUUGACGUCCCGCUGUCUCCUCUGCCCCAGGCUCCGCAUGGCCUUGGGAAGCCGGCUUGCCCUCUGGGUGCUGCGGGAGCUUGGCAGUGGGGAAGGCUGUGGUGGGGACCUUUGGUGGGGACCUUUGGCGGCUUCCUUGGCGUCAGCCGGGCUCAGAUGCAGGCCCUCCCUCGUCAUCCUCCCUCGUCAUGCUGUGUGUGUUUUCUGUAUGUCCUGACCUUUCUUCGUUGCAGCUAAGGGUGGUGUCUGGGUGCAAAUGUAAGCAAUGGUGGAUCUGGAAGUAAGAGCUUUGUGUCAUUAUGUUCUUAAAGCAUCGCUUCUCACACCCGCCAGUGCCUGACCCUCCGUCUUGGCCUUUUUCAGGAGCUGGCGAGAAUGAAACUGGAAUUCCUCACCUGGGAAUUCAGUACUUCCUCUCACCCCCAGUGAACACUCCCUUUUUUUUUUUGAGAUGGAGUCUCGCUCUGUCGCCCGGGCUGGAAUACAGUGGUACAGUCUUGGCUUACCGGAAACUCUGCCUCUAGGGUUCAAGUGAUUCUCCUGCCUCAGCCUGCUGAGUAGCUGACGUUACAGGCACGUGUCACCAUGUUGGUCAGGCUGGUCUCAAAUUCCUGACAUCUGGUUGAUCCACCCGCCUCGGUCUCCCAAAGUGCUGGGAUUACAGGCGUGAGCCGCCGGGCCCGGCCUGAACACUCACUUCUAACGUAGGUUCAGGAAUUGGCCGUGUGGCUUCCAGACUCCUUCUGGAAUGUCACAAUCUAGACUAUAUUGUAAUGAAGGCCACCCAGCGGUGGCUGGCAGUGGGUCCCAGUGCCGGCAGGAGCGUGGCGGGAGGAGGCUCUGUCUUCAUGCAUCCUUCAGGGGUCCCAGGGCUGACUCCGCCUGAGAGCCCAUCCUGGGCUGUGUGAAGCACCUUUUGUAGAAAUUGUGUUUUUAUUAAAACAUCAAAUCCGUGUUCCUGUAA